AAUGUUCUCAGGUGACAGCAUAAUGACAGUGACAGUACCUGCCUGAAAGUUUUUCCAAAUUAAUUUUUUAAAUGCAGAUAGCACCUGAUACAAGGAGUUGGAAACUGAGUUAUCACCCGAAUGUUUCUGUUUUAACACAUUUUAGAAAAUACUUUAUAUCUGCUAAUAAUGGAAUUUACCGCAGAAAAUCUGGAAAAUGCCGUCAAAUUGUUUUAUAGAAGUGAUUCACACCAACAAGCAGAAGCCCACCAGUGGUUACAAGAUGCUCAACAUUCUACGGAAGCGUGGAGAUUCGUUUGGGAAUUAUUAAGUCCGCAGAGGAGUCCAGAUGUGCAGUUUUUCGCUGCUACAACUCUACAUACGAAACUGAUGAAAUUUUGGCAUGAAGUACCAGAAGACCACUAUGAGAUGUUGAAAAAACGAAUAUUGGAUGCAAUUAUCAGCUUUGCAAUGGGUCCAAAACUUGUACUUAACAGACUGUGUAUAGCGUUGUCAGCUUUUGUCCUCCACACACUCCCAACUCACUGGCCAAGUGCAUUUGAAGAUUUGGUUAAUGGUUUCCAGCCGCAGUAUUUGCCGAACGUUGACCGAGAAAGAAUAAUAUGGAUUCUUUUGGAAAUUUUAACUGUGAUACCUGAAGAGUUCCAAACUACAACCUUGGCUGCAAGCCAUCGGAUUAAUAUAAACCAAAUUCUUCAAGAUGUUUCCAAAGAUAUUUUGAAAGUUUGUGGAAUGUGUUUGAUACCUGCACCGACCGCAAGUUUUUCUAUGGACCAUUUGACAACAUACUCUAACGCAACACGAUGCGCUGCCUCUUGGAUCCAGUUAGGCGGAUUAGGUAUUGAUGAAUGUGCUGACGUAACCAGUUUGUUGAUUGACUUGACGUGCUUUAUUUAUUGGAAUAGAAGUGAUCCGGACGGUUUAGUAAUGGAAGAGAUGGACCUGAUAGAAGUGACUUUGGAAGCUUUGGUUGGCAUAAUACAGCAUCCCUAUACCUCGCGAUUCAAAAACCACAUUUUGAAAUUUUCCGCAAAUGUACUCUCCAAAUUCGAUAAGAUUUUGGAAGCUGAAAGAAACCAAGAAGAAACGAAUAAGGAAUUAGUUGCCAGCUUGUAUGGAUUGAUUACGGCUGUUGGAGAGUCGCAAUCUGAGGUGUUUAUAGAAAAUCUCAGCAAUCCGAAUCCAGAAGAAAAAUCCAUAUCUUUCCAACUAUUGAACUCAAUUUUGAAAUGCACAGACUUGCCUGGUUCGUAUCCCGUAGACGAACUGUGUAGUACAUUCACAUUUGGGUUUUGGUUUACGUUGCAAGAUGAAAUCAUUUCUAUGAAUGCAGCGCGGUGUGCACAAUUACUUCUAAUCGUGAAGCCCUACUACAGACACCUAGUCUGCAUCUUGUUACGGAAAGGCAUGUACCCUUACGACGACAAUUGGUCCCAGGAAGAUCAGGAGUUGUUCCGCUGCCAUCGACAAGAUAUCGCUGACACCUUUGUACACUGUUACAUCGUGCUCAACAUAGAAAUGUUGGACAUUCUCAACACGAAGUUGGAUGAGGCACUUCGGAAGACAGACGAACAUGGCGCUACUCGGACGAUUAGGUGGAACGAGUUGGAGUCGGUGCUCCAUGCUUAUGGGGCCGUCGCCGAAGGAAUAGAAUCCGAGAACUUGUACAUACCUAAGUUGAUGAAUACGUUGGGGGAUAUUCCGUUCAACGAGAUGAACGUGAAGCUUAUGGCUACGGCUCUCGAAACCAUAGUUUUUCAGGACUUGAGUUUGGUUUACAAAACCGGCAUCACGACUCUCAAAGAAGACUGCAAAUCGCUGAUUCCAGAAAUCUUUAGAUUUAUAUUAACCGUCUAUACAGAGUGUCCGCAGUCGAGCAUUAUAACGGUUGCUAAAACUAUGUUGAUAUUGUUCAACUCGGAAGAAGAAUUCUUAUCAGUUAACCAGCAACUACUUCGAGAAAUUGUAAGGACGACACUGCAAAUGUGCUCCCAGUACAGCACGAGCAAUCAGUUGUCCGAAAAGACAGAAGUGCUUGAAGAUUUCUUCAUGAUGCUGACAGUUCUCACGAAAAAGUGUCCACGGCUUGUAGCUACGUGCGGUAUCGACAGUUCAGCGAUUUUUCAGUGCGCUAUUUUAUGUCUGAUUGUACCGGAAGUACCUACUCUCAAGCAAAUUUCCCAUUACCUGGUGCAGUUUAUAUUCACGAGUCGUGAAACGUCUCAAGCCGAGGUCGUGCAGGCCUAUGGUGAAAGUCUUCUUCUCCGAAUACUAAUGAACUUGGGGAACACGGCCCCUCGAUCUUCUGUAGAUAUUUUAAGUGAUAUAAUUCUAGCUUUAAAUAGAAAAUACUGUGAUGACUUGAGUAGGUGGUUGAAUUCGCUUAUGUCUCAAGAAGGUUUUCCGUCUCCCAGGAUUAGUGCUAGGCAAAAAGAGAUUUUCAUCAAAACCGUUAUGGAGUCGAAAACAAACAAAAGGAAAUUGGCCGAAUGUGUGUUAACGUUUACUCUAACCUGCAGGGGUAUUAUGAAGGAUGAUUGAAAUUAGUAUUGAAGGGUGAGUUGAAAAAUUAAAAACU